AAACAUAUAAAAACAGAAAAAGGGAAAAGGAGCGCCAGCGAGUAUAAGAGCAAAGAAGUAAACGAUGAUGGGCAGAAGGACAGUCAGGCACAUGAGCGAGGGAGAGAAGGCUGCUUGGGAUAUCAAGACAGGCAGAGAAGGCAACAAAAUCAAAGGUGGGGAUUCGAAGCUUAGCACACUCCAGUCGUAAUCUGAAAUCAGCGUGGGCAGCAGGCGGCCUGGCAGUUUCACUACACAUAACAGAAGAUUCACGCGCGUAUUAAUUCACGCAAUUCCCGUAGCUGUUACCAUAUGGAAAGCGUGAAUUGAUUAUCCCAGUGAACGAUCGUUGCAUUUGUAUUCCCAUUGUGACAACUCCGAUGAACAUUCGUGGCAUUGAACGUCCAUGCAGCCUUGGGAGAGAGCAGCUGCCGGUGAGAAUGCUAAGCACCAGGAGACCAAUCCGUUUCUGGUCCUUCUACCAGUGGCUCUGGGCCUUUUGGCGAUGUGGAGCGUUAACAGGGUCUGGUGGUUCAACGGUGGCCAGGGUAACACAGGGAUUCCUAGCACAGCUGUAAGCAGAAGACGCAGAUGGCGACCUCUUGCUUAUCCUAGACGACCUCCGACCCUAACUUGCCUGAACAGGGAUCUCGAGGAGGUCGGGAGCCAUGAAACUUCCACCAAGAAGGUGACUUCAACAGAUACCAAAGAAAGCACAAUGCCAGGGGGCCGCCGGAACCCUGGAGGCAGAGGUAACUCUGGAGCUCGAAUACAAUCAGGUGCAAGCAAUAAUUCAUCAGGAAAUGGUAGCGCACCCAGCAAUUUGACAACAGGGGUCACUGAAGAAAAGAAAUCCGGAGAAUCGAUUGGCAGUCGACCAUUAGCCCCAAAACAUGUUCCUAUUCCUUCAGUUCCAGUAGACAGCCAAUUGAUGUUCGAGGCUUUGUCUUUGGCAGUCUCUGCGAUAGCAGCUUCUCUUCAACUUCUUAAUUUGUAUAGGACAGUUUGGUGGUUGCCACAAUCAUACAAUGAAUAUACAAUGAAUUUUUAUCUUGUGGACCCAUACCUGCUCAUAUUCAUUGCAACGAUGCUUGCAAGGCGACUAAUUUAUGCACUGUUGCGCAGAAUGAUAGAUACUGUCUCACCUGCCCGUUGGUUGCCUGCUGCACAAAGAAUAAUGAGGAUAUUUCUACUCGUGAUUGUGAUUGGAGUACUUUCUUGGUGUUUAUAUUACAUGAGCGAACGACACAACACGAUGAAGGUCUUCUAUUUCUGCUAUCCAAGUAUUUCUGUCUACUUCCUGAUGUUUGGUGUGAGCAUUGGACCAUUCUUCGACAUUUCAACAGUGCCGCUUUAUGUGAAGGAAGAUCGCAAAACAAAAUUCCUGCUCGACAAGCCCUUGCACAACUGUUCUCUGAGUGCACCUGCCAUCCGAGCUGAAGUGUCCAGCCUACGCUCGGACUUCAAUCGCAGACUGAAACGUGCCUUAUUCGCAUCUUCGGGCACAGCUUACGUCUGCGGAAUUGCACCAGUCAUCUUUGUGCCGCCUCACCUACACUUUAAUGUCACCUGGGUCGUACAACAUAUCGUGCUCUUCUGGCUUGGAAGGCUAAGCGCCCAUUUUGCUCAGGCGUACCCGGUAAGGUACUGUGAUGUUCUUCAUCGUGCUGCACUUCAUUUAGGGAAAUGGACCAAAGUUGAGGGCCGCAACAACCACAUCCCUACGCAAAUGUGGAAUGAUUCAAUUCUCUGGCCUCAUGGUUCCUUGGUAAAACAUAAUAAAGAACUGUACCGUUCUGAAGGACUUUGUACUGCAGCUGAACCAGGAAACUCGAGUCAUCAUAGAUUUCAUGCUUUAUUUAGCAAUCCUACUAUGCUAAUCUGCACCCUCCUGGGAUUUCAGCUUCUAUUGGUUGCUGUACAGUUGAUUAUUUUAUUAAGGACUAUCGAGUGGUACCAGAUACUCUCGAUGACGCUUCUUUUGGUUACGAAUUAUUACACUCUCUUCAAGUUAGCCAGAGAUUAUCUGGUGUGUUGGAAGGUUUACAGGGCCGAACAGAUUUUCCAGGAGAAAGCUCAGGCUUCCAUAAAUAGCGCUGCACAAUAGACUGUUGAAAACUCUUUAGCUUGUAAGUAUAACUUUGUAGUGUUUUUGAUCUUUUUCUACUGCAAAAUAAAUUAUUUCCUAUGGA